ACUUGACCGAAACAGAGAGAGAAUGAGAGAGAGGGGGUCGAGCACGAGAAGCAUCAUCAGUUCAGAGCAGUCACCGAAACACUGAGAGGUCACCUGGAGAACCCGGAUUAACCCAAACACCCCACACUGAGCAGCAGGACGAGCACAUAGAGCAGGCGAAGAGAGGGAGCCAUGGCAGAGGGAGGCUGUCCGAAAGCGGAGGAGGAGGAGGACCCUCAGUCGUUCCACGGCGAGGGCGUGUGCAAGUGGUUCAAUGUUCGCAUGGGCUUCGGGUUCCUGUCCAUGAGCACAAGAGAUGGUGUGCCUUUAGAAACUCCAGUCGAUGUUUUCGUCCAUCAGAGUAAACUGCACAUGGAGGGUUUCCGCAGUCUGAAGGAGGGCGAGGCUGUUGAAUUCACCUUCAAGAAGUCCUCCAAGGGUCUGGAGUCUCAGUGUGUGACGGGUCCUGGAGGGGCUCACUGUCUGGGCAGCGACAGGAGACCCAAAGGCAAGAGUGUCCAGAAACGCCGGCCCAAAGGAGACAGGUGUUAUAACUGUGGCGGUCUGGACCAUCAUGCCAAAGAGUGCAAGUUGCCUCCUCAGCCCAAAAGAUGCCAUUUCUGCCAAAGUGUUGCGCACAUGGUCGCCAACUGCCCCGCCAAAGCCCAGCAGUCGUCUCAGGGGUCUCAGGGAAGGUCUAGCGGUGUCGAAGAGGAGAAAACGGAGCACAGUCAUUCCCCGUCACCCACCAACUGAGACAGCAGAGGACGGUGGGACCACGCUUGAAAACCAAUCAUAUCACUA